GAUGGAUUGGGAUGCUAUGCGACUAGAAUUGAAACAAAGCGGUUUAGCUAAUCAUCUUAUCGAAGAGAAAAUUAAUCAAAUCAAAUCAAUUAUGGGCAUUAAUGAGCCAAAACUUCUUUCCCGCCCAUCUAAUCAUUCUCGACCUCCUUCCCUCUCUCCUACUCAACAACAGUCAAAGAAAACUAUUAAAAUCAAGUCGACCAAAUCUCAACAUUUAAAGAAGGUUGCUCUUAUGGAAAAGAAGAAAAUUUCAGAUCCGGGAAAAAGUUUUAAAAAGAAGGUUAAUCCGCUUAUAAAAUAUCAUUCAAAAAACAAAUCUAGUAGUGUAAAUAAGGGAAGUAAAAUUCCCAAGAAAGUUGAUGAUAAUCCGAAACAAAAGAUUAAUUCUUCCGAUUCAAAAAGAAUUAACAGUACAGAAUUAAAAGGAAGGAAGACGCCCGUUCAAAAGAAUCCUAGCUUAAGGGAAAUGAAAGAAGAAUUAGAAAUACAUCUAGGAAAUAUUGAAGGUAAAUCUCCCGAGUGGGUCAGAGAAACUUGGACCUUUGUUUUUAUGAACGACGAUGAAGAUGAACCUAUUAGGCGACCUUUAAAGAAUAUAUCAAACGAAAGAAGUGUUAAAGUUGAAAAUACAGAAUAUCGUGAACCAACGCCGUUUGCUGAUUCAAAAGCUGAUAAUAAUUUAAAGAUAUCAGCUGAAAUUCGCAGACGAAUGGUUGAAAAUAAAAAACAGCCUUUGAAAGGACCAACCACCUUGUCUGUUUUACAUAGACCUAAAAAAAUUGGAUAUGAGAUUAUCUUCGAAGAAACAGAAGAUCAGUUGAGAAGAGAGAGAGCUAUACCGAGAUACGGCCAGGCAAUCAUAUGCAAAAUAAACGAUUGUGUAUCGUAUAAGCCAACCGAACAGAAAUUAAUGUAUAGGUCUCAAAGAGCUAUAGAAUACGGAUUUAUAACGGUUAGAACGAUAGACACAUCUAAAAAUCCAUCAAAGAGAAGUAGAACAUUAUCGAAUCCAAGGAAUACUCUUGAAUGUGCCGAAACAGGAAGCUUAAACGAUCUUAAAGUGAAAAAUGAUCUUCAUCAUCAAAAAGUUUUAAAAAAUUCAGAAAAAGAUUCAACAUCAAAAAAAAGAAAGGCUAAAGAUAAACAAGCAGGGUCUAAGAAGCCAGCUAAAGAGGAUAAAAGAGGAUCGAGAAGAUCCAUUAGAUUAUCAAGUAAACCAAGAAUAAAUUAUUCAGAAAUGGAUAUUUAA